UCGCUUUGCCUUCAGUUUCGUUUUGAGAUUUCUCCCCGUCUUUUGUCUCUCACUAAAUUUCACAGAAGCCUCCUGAUUAGUCCACUCCUCAACACUCCUGGCGAGUUGUUUGUGUUGUCCACGACCUUCUGUUUUUGAGUUCCGGAAGAGAGUGCUGUACCUUUGUUAGUGUUUUCGAAAGUGUGUUCGUACGUUUAUAAUUUACCCUUCGUUCCUUUUAGCUUUUACACUCGGUGUAGGGCUUUCCGUUUUAUCCACGGCAAGAAACAAGACGAUUAGCAAAACUACCAUAGAGUUAGAAAACUACUCAUGGGUGGGUCUAUUCUCCAAUCAGGAUCAGUCCUGUUGAAGAACACAAGCAACUUGUAGUUCCAGGACCAUCUGCAUGAGGAGCAUACCCUAUCCUCUGCCCCUUCCAAAGUGUCGGUCCAGUCAGCGGCAAUGGCCUCCUCCACCCUGCGAGUCUCGAAGGAGCAGUUCCAGUGCUCCAUCUGUCUGGAGGUCUUCAUCGACCCUGUGUCCACCUCCUGCGGUCACAACUUCUGCCAGGCCUGCAUCAAUGACUACUGGAACGUCAACACUGUUUACCAGUGUCCAUUAUGCAUGGAGACCUUCAUCAGGAGACCUGAGCUCCGAGUCAACACGGCAUUCAGAGACAUGGUUGACAGGUUUACUGUUCAUGAGGUGUGUUGUGAAGACAUCCAACUGUCUCUAGGAGACAUGCCAGCAGACUUCUCAACAGAUGGAUUUCAAAAAAGCAUUGAGCAAUUCAAAAACCUAGUAGAUGAAAGGAUCAACAAACUACAAACUAUUGCAGAUCAGCUUCUCAAAACAGCAGAUGACUUUCAAGAUGUCCACUGCAGCAACACCGCUAGGAGUCAGCGUGGCAGAGUUACAGGCAAAGUAGGAGGGAUCACAGCUUUAACAGGGUUAGCCAUGGCCUUUUCUCCUGCUACUUUAGGCGGAUCUCUGAUUGUGACUGGAGUGGGGAUAGUAGUGGGAGUAACUGGUGGAGUCGUUGGUGCCAUCUUUCAAAAGAAAAGUACCACACACAGGUCGGAAGUCAAAGCAAGCAUUGAGAAACUUGUGGCUACAUUUCAAACCUUGAUUGAACCAAUUCAGAAGAAAGUUAAAGUGAUCAAACAAGGUCUUGUUGAAUUAAAAAGGUUAAAAGAUUUGUUAAACAAGGUUGACAAACUCAAACUCUUAAGGGCUGGUACAAGUGGAACACUCUGGCUGGUCAAUAGUGUCGAUGAUAAGGGCAUUCUCGCGAACGUAGACAGGUUAUCAAAAAAGUCUUCCAGUUCAAUUCACAAUAUUUGUUCAGCGUUACGACGUCAAGCUAACAGUAGUGUUAGCUUGAUCCUUCAAACUAACACUGAAAUAAAAAUGUUCAUGAAGUCCAUUGUAGUCACAGCCAGUAGUUACAAAAAAGCUGUCAGUGAGCUUAGAGAACUGAGGAGGGCAUUUGAUAAAAUGUAGACGUUAAUUGUUAUGGAUGAUCCGAGAUCACAUGCCAAACUGAGGAAUGAUGAAGUGAAAUGUGACACGGGUAGUAUCACAAGUAUAUGUAAGAUUCAUUUGAUACCUUUUGAUAUGAAAGAAAAACAUUACAAGUAAAAAUAUUUGAGAUGGUGAGAUGGAGAUGAAGUUAAAGAUUAGAACCAAAGGGUUCUUCAGAGAGUUCUAUGUUGUACAGUUUUGCUUUAUUAUAAACAGGAACUUGCAGUACCCAAUGCUUGAAAUGUGUGAAACCCGUGCAUGCAUAUACCGCUGUCUACACCCUGAAAUGUACGCAUGUGACAUUUGUGCGUGAUCUUUAUCAUCUUUUUUAAAAACAUGUUAUUAUUGUACUACUGUGAUUUGUAUUUUAUAUUCUAUACCAUUUGUAAGGACGCAAUUGUACAUGGAUGUACACUUGAUACAUUUUCAUUAAUCACUUAACAAAGCACAUCUAUCUCAACGUGCCGAAGACCACAACCCUGGGACGCUCAUCUCAUUUCAGACAUUUGUUUUAUCUCUGAUUUUUUUAAUUUGCAGAAUGUUGUUUUCAUGAAGAUUUGGAAAAAACAAUUUGUUGGUAUUGCUCCUUAAUUUAAGAAUAAAGACCACCUAAAUAUGUUUGUCUUGUGCAUGUUGCCACUCUUAUCAUGUAAACUUGCCAUCUCUCCUUCCAGUUCUUCACAUGAAAUAGAAGAAUGUCACUUCAAGACGGAUACAUCAUCCGGAUCACUUUUCACAGCGAAGUAGAACUUUAGACCAAGGCCGUAGCCAUGGAGACAACAUUGGGGGGGAUGAAAUCUGCUGGGGAGUCUGAGGGCCCCCCUCUGAAAACCUUCUACGUUUAGUUAUGAAUAUGAUUACAUGUUUUAAUUAUAAUUUCAGACAGCGUGUGUGGUUGCCUGUCAUAGUGUAGAACAUUUAUAUUGUAUAUGAAUAUAUUGGGGGGGACAUUUUGAACAGAUUUGAAUAUUGGAGGUGAUGUGUCAUCUUACUCCAGAACUUAAGGUCUGCAACAUGUUCGAGGCAGAAACUUACACAAAAUAACACAUUUUCUUCUCAACAUUUUAUUAAUACUUACAUUUUUUUUUUAGGUUGUUCAUUUCUUACACAGAGAAAUUAGCCACACAUGUAAAUGUCAUUGUAUUCCGUUAUAUUUAACAUUUUAGGAUUAAUCAAGUUAUUAUUUUUCCUUUUCAGAGCUAAAAGCUAAAAAAGUUACACAAUAACGGUCACACGGUUGUCUAAGGUUGAAGAGCAAACUGGGACGGUAGACUAACACUUCACAGAGACAAAAAAAAAACUAGGGUGAUAAAAAGAAAAGAAUAUGACUGAAGUAAAAAUAA